GUCCGCUUCUUCCCCCUCCAAGAUGGAGGCUCUAGGGGGCUACCCUACCAAGACCUCCAACCCAAAAGCAAAGAAGCUGACCGUCCUGUUAAGCAUGACAGUCGGCGUGGGGUGUUUGUUCCUGUUGCAGACCCAGCUGUUCAAGCCGAGCAAACCGAAGGACUUUUACUCUUUCGAGGUCAGAGAUGCCAAGGGGAGGACGGUGGCCCUGGAGAAGUUCCGAGGAAAAGCGUCCUUGGUUGUAAACGUGGCGAGUCACAGCGAGCACACGGAGCUCAACUACCGCUCGCUGCAGGAGCUCCACCGGGAGCUGGGCACCUCUCACUUCAACGUCCUGGCUUUCCCCUGCGGCCAGUUCGGGGACACCGAGACCGGGACCAGCCGAGAGAUAGAGGCCUUUGCCAAGUCCACCUAUGGCACCACCUUCCCCUUCUUCAGCAAAAUAAAAAUAAUGGGCUCUGAAGCCGACCCAGCCUUCAAAUUCCUCACAGAUUCGGUACAGAAAAUUCCCAAGUGGAACUUCUGGAAGUUUCUGGUGAAUCCGGAGGGGAAGGUGAUUCGGUUCUGGAGAGCCGAGGAUCCCAUGGAGAGCGUGCGGAAGGAGGCCACGGCGCUGGUGCGCGAGAUCAUCCUGAAGAAAAGGGUGGAGCUCUGACGGGCUAGGUGACAGACACGGGACACAUCUCCAGUCUCUUAUUUGCUUUAUAGCGAGGAACAAACUGUGAGUGUGAAUGUGCUGGGGUGAUGUCUCACUCUCUGCAGUAUGCAGGAUAACACCGGCUUUAUCCCAGGUGGAAGUGAUGGAGGACGGGCAAAAUCAAUCAGUGUGCUAUUUGUCAUUUGUCUGCAUAAUAUUAUGGAAGGGAAUAGUGACUAUCAUAAUGGACAUUAAACACAAUGACCACUGGUGCAACUGGAGGAUUGUUAAGCCAUCAAACUCCACGCAUUUGAUUUUACAAAUAGUUGUUUGGCUCAACCAGCUCUGCUUACCAUCUUUACUGUCUACAUUAAAUUGUCCUUUUCUUCUGACACCUGGGCAAGGUGAGCCUCUUGAGGUAAAGCACGUCUCUUGAGCCCGUUUGGAGCUCAACAACUGAUGAACAACCACUCGAUAAUAAAAAUGUUUUUCAAAUAUGAAUUGCAUCUGAGUGCUUAGAGCUCAAAGUGUUUUGCUUCAGAUAUUUCAUGUGUGGUCAAGGAGAGAGG